AUGCAACGUCGAAUCCAGCUCCAAGUCGAUUCAAGAAGAUCGUCUAGAAAGUCGUCUCCUCAUACUUCUCGUCCGAGUUCGGCUCAGGCUUCUCGAUCUUCUUCUCGUAUUGGAGCACGAAUCCAGGCUGGUGAUGAAGACGAAGCUGAUGAGUACACAUCCAAUGCUUUUUUGAGUCCCUCUUUGACUGCCUCUGGUGGUCCAGACACCUUGACUGAGAGUCUUGAUAAGCUUCUUCUUUCUAGUUCUGAGGACGAUGAUGAUGAAUCCAAGGAGCAUACUCAUAAGGAUAAGUUUUCAGAGGGUGUUGAAAUGCUUUCUUUGGAUCGCCGCAAUACGUCUUUGGAGGCUCGUGAAAAGGCUCUUAUCGACAUUCUGUCUAUUAUUUCUCAGAAAUAUGAGCCUGAGAAGGUGACUCAGCCUCUGUGUGAUGUUUUGACCAAGGCAUUCAUGACUAGUCGUUCUGAACUAGAAACUCUGUUGUCCAUUCAGGCUAUUGUUGUAGCUGCUGCUGUUGACGUUGAUUUGUUUUUUGAGACUUUGAAUGACGAUGUUUUGCCCAAGUUGUUCCGUCAAAUCAGAAGUAGCGAUGAAACAAGUUUCACUGCCACUUGCAGAGCAAAUCUUACUAUCGGAUACGCUCUGCUUCAAUAUAUUGUUCAUUAUGGUAGUGGUGGUUUCAAAGUCGAUGAUAUCAUUGAAACUUUAGUCGAUCUGGCUGCCGAAUGUAAUACUGCCGAAGAGACUGCUAUUGCAGGAGCUGCUAUUCUCGGUUCUGGUUUGCUGGCCACCACUCUACCGAGUCCUAAUAGCACCAUUGAUGAGUAUAUGCCUGUAUUCAUUGACUAUAUUACCAAUCCCUCACACACUAUUAAGCUUGCUGCUGCCAAAGUUGUAGCUUUAUUCUACCAAAUCUACAACUACGAAGAAGGCACUGAAAAUGGUGAGCUGAACGAAAACGGUAUCCUUGAACGCAUCCCGUAUAUCGACCAUAAUGAACUAGAGUUCACUCUCAAGGAACAAAUCUCGGAAUCUUCUAAGCGGAUUGGAAAGAAGGAUAAACGUGAGCGCAAGUCGUUAUUCCGCGAUGUUUUGUCCACUGUUGAGGCCUUUACCUCAUCAGAAAGUCGAGCAGCUCUGACUGUGGAUGAGUUACUUAUUACCCAUCUCAAACUAUCACGCUCAAAGUCGUUGUCUAUUGAUUCGUGGUAUAAACUGCUAUUGAUUCAACAUUAUAAGUGGGCCUAUGGACCGUCUAUCCACACCCAGAUUGCCAACAACCCUUUCGUAAAGGAAACUGUCCACGAUUCGUCUUAUGCUGGUAUUGCCAACUCAUAUUCCUACAGUGACUCUGUGAUUCCUGCUGUCGAGACGACCGAAGCUCAAUCCCAUAUUGCCCAGCAGCUUGAGAAGAGCGAAUUCAGGGCCCAGCAGGAGCGCGCUACGCUCGACCGCCAACGCCAGAUCAACGCAAACCGCUGGGAGAAGCAAUUCAACCAAGGAACUAUCCCUACCAAUUGA